AUGUUGAGCUCCAUUAUUUUCUCUUCUCUUAUCAUCGCGCGCUGUAGUGCACUUCCUCAAUAUGGCAAUACAAACUCUGGGAACGCUGCCGACAAUACAGGGGACUCAGUCGACGAUACGGUCAAUGGCUAUCAAAGCCCACCUAUCUGGAACUGGCCUGCCUUAUUUGCCGCUGAAACAACCGCGGGAGGCGCCAAUGUCGCCGCAGAUACCAGUGGCAGCGCCAAUAAUCUCGGUUCGGGUCCGAGUGGGGUCAUCUAUCGUCCCAUCUCACAAGCUUCCUCUGACGGCCCAGUAGCGGCAAAUAGUAUCCAAGCAGAUGCCUCGUCAUCCAGUGGAUCUCAGUGUCUGUCCAGUCGCGAGCCUCAAUUCGGGAAUGGCGUCAAUGGAUUGUUCGACUGUGCAAACGGAGGCGACAAUAGCGGCAACGGCUAUGGCGGAUCGAGCAACGGCAACGAGAAUGAAGGUAGCGGGACCGCGCCCGUUAAUCAAUCGUCAUCCGACACCACUAUCGCUGGCAACGAGCCAGUUGACGACACCAAUGCAGCUAGCAGCACUACUACUAGCAGCACAAGCUCCCCAAGCAACAUCAGAAACCCACCGUUUGAGCCAGUAGGCACCGUGAGUGGAGCUGGUGGAAGCACCGAUACGAGUAACCCCCCAUUUGAGCCAGUAGACACAGAAAAUGGUUCUAGCGGAGUCAGCAGUGAUUCCAGCGAAACUGAGAAUCCACCUAACGAGAACAUCGGAACCAACAACAAUUCUACUUCGACUCAAGGCGGUGGUGGUACCCAGGACUCCACUAACUAUAACGAUGGCGGGUGUGUCCUUGGUCGAGAACCUCAGAUCGGAAAUGGUGUUAGUGGCCAAACUGGAUGCGGAAAUGGCGGCAAUGAUAGCGGCAAUGGCAGUGGGGGUUCUGACAGCGGGAAUGGAAACAAUGCUGGGGAUUCCGGAGAUUCUGAACAGGAUGAUGUAGUAUCCGUUGAAUAA